CGGAAGUUUGAAUCUUUCCUGCUCCCGCCCGUCAAAGCAGAGCUGUUGCUCUUUCCCGAGGCUGGCCCGCGAUGGUUUGGGGUUUGUAGGUGUGCGAGCGCUCUUCAGCCCUACAGGUCUCUUGUAUUUGAAUCCUGCGCGGGUGGAUCCUUGUGAUCACUAGCUAAUAAACCUAGGAAAGGGCAGUGGGGAUUAAUACCAAGUAAGGGGAGAAAUAGUGAACUCUGUUAAUGUCCAAAGAAAAGGGACUUUAAUAGAAAACGAGUAGAAAGGAACUUAGCUUUUUUCGGAAGGUUAAAGCAACUUACUUGCUUCCUAGAAAGAGUCAGUAGGGUUUUUUUUUAGCUCACUCAGUUUAAUCUCUGCAUUAUUUUCCUACUGACUAUUGAAAUGCAUUGUUAUCAAAAUGCAAAGUUCUAAUUGGUUUAAACUAUGUAAUGGUUUUCCAAAUAAAUUGACAGAAUACAGAACUUUGUAAAACUAAUUUCUCUUCAUUAUCCCAUACUUUUGUUUACUAUAAAUACUUGAAAGCCUGGUAGCAAGCAGCUGCAAUAUCCAGCAUCAACACGGGAAGUCAGAAUUAUGGAUGGUGGAGCUAGGUUUGUUGAAACUCUAAAGCGGACAGGAUAUUUAAAGGCAAAUUCACUUAAUGGAGAAGACUUUGACUGGUUAUUUGAAACUUUGGAGGAUAAAUCAUUUCUGGAGUGGUUUUGUACAGCUUUGAAUGAACAUCAUGUAUUAUCUGAAGAAGAGUUGCAGUCAUUUAAUGUUCUCCUAAAAUCAUCAAAACCUGUUUUAGGAGAAGAGGCUCUCGAUGAAGUUCUCAAGAUUUCAAAGCCUCUUGAUCUGAACACUAAUAAUUGCAAGGAAGAAGAGGAAAACCUUAAAAUGUUAGAAGAUGAAUUUCAAGCUCUUCAAAAGAUAAAACAGCUAAAGAUUCAUCAACGUAACAAGCUUCAAAGCAUGGCCUCGGCUAAUAGCUUUAUGUCCUUGAAGGUUAAAGAAAGAAGUGAGGAAGGACCUAAAAUCCUGAAAGAGAGUCAAGGGGACUUCACAGCCAUGAAUAUAAAGAUAAACAAUGAGCUUCAGACUCUUACUGAAGGAGUUAAGAAGCUUGCUUCUUUUUUUGCUGUUGCAGCUGGACAAGAACUGGAUCCUCUUCCUGUGCUGCUAACACAACUUGCUUUAGAUACCUAUUUGUAUCAAGAAGAACAAAGCACUGGAGCUCUUACUUCAUAUACAAAAAAACAGUUUUUCCAGGGUAUAUCUGAAUUGGUGGAAAGUUCUAAUGAAGAAAAUUUUCAACUUGUACAUAUAAAUAAGCCCUCCAGCUGUGAAGGAAGCAAUGAUGUAUGCGAUGAAAGAUUAGAACUGACUAGGUUGCAAAUGGCAUAUAUUUGUGCUCAGCAUCAAUUAAUUCAACAGCAAGCCAAGAACCUAAGCAUGAGAUCGGGUCUUCAGUGGGGAGAGAAGAGUAUCUGUACUUUAAAAAAGAUUCGUGGAAAAGAAAAAUUUGAAGCUAAAAUUUCUAGCUUGAAUAAUGACAUCGCAAAAAUAAAAACAGAUUUAUCACAAAUAAACAGUGAAACUCUACCUUUGCUAAUUAAGGAGAACGCAGAGCUGUUGAAUAUGCCUGUGGUUAAGGGGGAUUUCGAUCUACAAAUUGCUCGACAGGACUACUAUAUAUCGAGGCAGGAUCAGAUCUGUAACCAGCUGAUCAAACAGAAGGCAUCAUUUGAAUUUCUUCAGUUGGCGUAUGAAAUUGAAUUUCGAAAACUUAGGGAAAACAGCCGUCUGCUGGAAAAUAUGGUGCAGGACCUGAAAUCAAGCAACGACAUUUUAGCGCGGACAAUAGAAACAAUGUCUGAGCCUUCUAUAUCCCUUCAUAGGGCACCAAGAAAUACCCUUGAGUCAAAGGAUAAUGCAGCACACAGGAUGUGUCAGCUUCUGGAAGGAAAAAAUCCAAAGCAAUUAUUCAGAACAUAUGAAAGGCUUGAGGAGAUGGCUGAGAAGUUACACCAGGAUUCAGUAUCAGUGCUUGACCAAUUAGUGAUAGCUGGCCAAGAACAAAUUCUUCUUCUGUCAAAGAUGGAUGCUGAUUUAACUAUUCUUCAUGAUUCUAUAUACUGCAAAGAAGAAAGUGUCUGUCUUAGUAAUCAGGAACUGUCUGAACAUUUUCACCAGCUGGAAUUCCAGUUGAAUAAAAUAAAUCAGCUUAUUAUGGAUUUUCUUGCUGAUAUAAAGGCUAAGAAGAAGGUCCUAGAGAACAAUAAAUUACAACAGAUGGAAAGAAAACUCUGCAUGUAUUUCUUCAAUGAUGAAGAACGUUUGAAAAAUGUUGUGGAAAGAUUGGAGCAACAAGUUAAAGCUCAACCCAACCCUUAAAGAUUAUAUGUUAAAUUACUAACAUAGAUUUUUUUAAUGAAGUUUUGUCUAGAUUAUUCAAUUUUAGGUACUAAAACUUAACCAGAAGGGCUGUUGCUGCAGCACCGUGAAGUUUAAAGGAAACAGUGAAGGAACCUCUAUCAGUGAAUAGUUAUUUGGGAAACUAGAUAUACUAUACUCUUGAGCUCAAGGACAAAACAGAAUCUGGGAAAUAUCCUCCUAUUAAAUGAUAACUAAGUCCAUAUGGACUUGUUGCAAGACUUCCUAGGUUUAUUUCACAACUUUGGAGGAAUGUGUAGAACAUUAAUUCAUUAGCCAGUAGUUUUUCCACUGGUUUUCUUUUUAUCCUCAGAAUUAAUAUACUGAUUGUUAAAACUCCAUCCUAAUUUGGGAAAUAUUCCAGAGCUGCCUUCCUCAACCUCAUGCUUUCCCAGUGUUUAAGUACAACUACCAUUAUUCCAACUAAGAUGAUAGUAGUUGUAGAUAAGAUAGCAGGGGGGUACUGGGAUUGGAAGGGCUAUUCUAGAGGGUGAUUAAGUUUGCACUUCUGUGCCUAGUAAUUACUUUGAGUUUGCAUGCAUGUGUGUGCUCUACACACACCCACACAAUAUCCCUAUUAGUAUUCUCCAUUUAUAUACAGUUGUGAUCAUCUUAGUACUAGAUUUAACACGGCUGAAGAUAAAAUCCUUCCAUAUAUUUUAGAUUAGGUUGUAA